CGCUCGUUUAGGAAAAGAAAGAUAAAAUCGAACUGUGAGAAGAAACAUUAGAGGAUUAGUGCUGUAUCGUCUUUUUUGGCGGUCGAGGCCAACACCAAGAACUCCGCCGGCGGGAAAGACAGCCCGUGGACAAUUAUGCAAAUACUCGGACAAAGGGGGGAUAUUCGGCAGCCAGUAGAUGACGCCUUAUUAAGAGACCUACUUAAUACAAAGUAUAUUAUCUAUCUGGAACAAUGGGAAGGACAAAGAGUGUUCAGGGACAUGGUUGAAAAGACGAUUUCAAGGCAUAUAGAUUUCUCUUCUACUAGAAUGACCAAAACGGUGGCGUAGUCAGUAUCUCUGCUCGAGAUUGCCCAGAUGAGGCUUCUUCUUCAUU